UACAUGCGAUAACUGCACUUUGCCCGUGUAUUUUCUUUCGAACUUGACCUCGCUAGUCCGUCGAAGUUGGUCCUCUUAAUGGUGAUACUCUAAUAAUUCAAUUUCGUUUAUCGACGAUUCUGUGUGAAACAUCAAUUAAAAAAUGGCUGUGGCUGUCAGAACGUUCUCAAAAUUUACAGUUAGAAAUUGUGGAAAUUUACUCCGUACUCAAAUAAGAUUUAACUAUGUAGAUACUAGGAACAAUUUAAAAAUUGAUUCGAAUACCAAAGUGAUAUGUCAGGGGUUCACUGGUAAGCAAGGAACAUUUCAUUGCCAACAAGCCAUCGAGUAUGGUACCAAAAUAGUCGGUGGCACUAACCCGAAGAAGGCUGGUACCGAACAUCUUGGGAAACCAGUCUUCAAGUCCGUGAAAGAGGCAAAAGAAGCGACUGGGGCUAGUGCGAGCGUUAUUUAUGUCCCUCCACCAGGUGCAGCCGCAGCGAUCAUGGAGGCAAUUGAUGCUGAAAUGCCUUUGAUCGUGUGCAUUACCGAAGGUAUUCCACAGCACGAUAUGGUCAAAGUUAAAAGGCGACUCUUAGAGCAAAGUAAAUCUCGUCUCAUUGGACCAAAUUGUCCAGGAGUAAUAGCUCCGGAACAAUGUAAAAUAGGUAUCAUGCCAGGACAUAUACAUCAAAGAGGAAAAAUUGGUAUUGUGUCACGAUCGGGAACGUUAACGUACGAGGCUGUGAAUCAAACGACCCUUACUGGUCUUGGACAGACGCUUUGCGUUGGAAUCGGAGGCGAUCCAUUCAACGGAACAGAUUUCAUCGAUUGUCUAGAUGUAUUCCUAAGGGAUCCGGAUUGCGACGGUAUUUUAAUGAUCGGCGAAAUCGGUGGCAGCGCAGAAGAACGGGCGGCGGAAUAUCUAAUUGAACAUAACACUGGUAACAAAGCUAAGCCAGUAGUGUCGUUCAUCGCUGGUAUCACUGCCCCGCCUGGACGAAGAAUGGGACACGCUGGUGCGAUCAUAUCAGGAGGAAAAGGAGGCGCGCAAGAUAAAAUUAAUGCACUCGAAAAGGCUGGUGUAAUUGUAACAAGGAGUCCUGCGCAAAUGGGAAACGAACUUUUAAAAGAAAUGACCCGUCUCGGUUUGGUCUGUAAUUAAUGAUUCGAAAAAGAAACACAUGCCACUAUUAAUAUAAAUAUGUAGUUUGCCUCAUGUGGAUGUAUCUUCGUACAAUAAAUUGAAAGUAUAAACUA